UUCUACAUUUUAAAUUUCUUGCAAUCUUCAUAGAAGAAGAUGGAGGGAGGAGGAGCAACGCCGUAUAAUCCUCGCACAGUGGAGGAGGUUUUUAGGGAUUUCAAAGGUCGUCGUGCCGGAAUGAUCAAAGCUCUUACCACCGAUGUUGAAGAAUUUUACCACCAGUGUGAUCCAGAAAAGGAGAAUUUGUGUUUGUAUGGUUUUCCUAGUGAGCAAUGGGAGGUGAAUUUGCCUGCUGAAGAGGUGCCACCAGAACUCCCAGAACCAGCAUUGGGUAUUAAUUUUGCUAGAGAUGGAAUGCAAGAAAAAGACUGGUUAUCUUUGGUUGCUGUUCAUAGCGAUGCUUGGUUGCUUUCUGUUGCCUUCUAUUUUGGUGCCAGAUUUGGAUUUGAUAAAGCUGAUAGGAAGCGAUUGUUUAACAUGAUAAAUGAUCUCCCGACAAUAUUUGAAAUUGUAAGUGGUAUCGCAAAGAAAGCCCAGAAGGAAAAAACUGCAGUCUCUAAUCACAGUAGCACCAAAUCCAAGUCAAACUCAAAAAUGUCAUUGCAGCGGGAGCCAGAGUCUCAUGGGAAGUACCCAAAGCAACAUCCCCUAGCAGCAGCAGCAGCACUGAAAGAUGAAAAUGAAGGGGGGAUGAGAAUGGGAAUGGGAAUGGGAUUGGGAUUGGAGAUGGAUGAUGAAGAGGAUGAUGAAGAGGAUGAGGAUGAGCAUGGGGAGACAUUGUGUGGAGCAUGUGGAGAGAAUUAUGCAUCGGAUGAGUUUUGGAUAUGCUGUGAUAUUUGUGAGAAGUGGUUUCAUGGAAAGUGUGUCAAGAUCACUCCAGCUAGAGCUGAACACAUUAAGCAGUACAAGUGUCCAUCUUGCAGCAACAAAAGAGCUCGCCCUUGAUCUCUAUUACUUUUACUUACUUACUGUUUUUACUUUUUACUUUUUACUUUUUACUACUCUCUCUCUCUCUCUCUUUCUAACUCUGUUGUUGAAAAUUGUUGGUGAUGAUGAUGUUUUAGUGGGGACCUCAGUUGGUGUAUAAUUCAGUUCAGUAAUCUCGUUUUCAAACCAA